CAACACACUGAACCGAGUCAGUCAGUCUCGCCCCUCCGCUCCCAGCAGCAGCAGCAACGUCCCCGCCGGGUCCGGUGGCAGAGAGGAUGGUUCAGCGGAAAAGCAGCCGUGGAUGCGAAUGACAGCAAUGAGAAAAUGGCUCUCGAUUUGCGAAGGUUUCCGAAUGUGCGACUAGUGACCAAGUGAAACGACCGUGGCAGGAAAACACUGAACCAUGUUGCUCUAAGUUGUGACCUGUGGUGAACGGGGAGGAGGAGGAAGAGGAGGAGGGAGGCAUAGGCAGGCGGGCAGGCAGACGGGCAUCUGCCAUAGCUCCCUUUAGGCGGCCCUUUGCAAGCUUGAAGCCAUGGGCAACACGGCCACCAAGUUCCGCAAGGCCCUGGUGGGUGGCGACGAGGCCCUGGCCUGGCAGCUGUAUGAGGGAAACCCUCAGUUCAGGGAAGGCCUGGACCCGAACGCCUCGUAUGGAGAGCAGUACCAGCACAACACGCCCCUGCACUAUGUCUGCCGCCAUGCCAUGACACGUCUGCUCAGGUCCUUCCUGUUCAGUAAAGAGGGGAACCCCAACAAGCGCAAUGUGCACAACGAGACGUGCCUCCACGUGCUGUGCCAAGGCCCACAGAUCCUGCUGCUGUCGGAGGGAGCGCUGUCGCCCCGACUGGCCAGACCCCAGAGGGACGAGCAGCGGCGUGCGGACUGCCUGCAGAUGAUCCUGAGCUGGACCGGAGCCAGGUUGGAGGGAGGUCAGUAUGAGAAGGCCAACGUCAACGCCACCGACAAUCACCACAGCACCUGUCUGCACUACGCUGCAUCUGCAGGCAUGAAAAGCUGUGUGGAGCUGCUAAUCCAGAGCGAGGCGGACCUUUUUGUGGAGGACGAGGACAGGUUGACGCCAUGCGAUCACGCCGAGCGGCAUCACCACACCGAGCUGGCCCUCAGCCUGGAGUCACAGAUGGUUUUCUCCUCCUCUUCAGCUCAGCAGUCAAACACAGACGCACAUGGCGAAACCAACCUGCUGCAAUACAAGGAGCCUUAUGAGGGACUGAAGCUUCAAGACCUGCGCAGGCUGAAGGACAUGCUCAUCGUAGAGACGGCUGACAUGCUGCAAGCCCCCCUCUUCACUGCUGAGGCCCUGCUCCGAGCGCAUGACUGGGACAGAGAAAAGCUUCUGGAAGCCUGGAUGUCAGACGCUGAAGGCUGCUGCCAGCGCUCAGGUGUGGCCAUGCCCAUCCCACCGCCCAGUGGAUACAAUGCCUGGGACACUCUACCCUCGCCUCGCACCCCUAGGACCCCGCGCUCGCCCCUCACGCUCACCCUCACCUCACCGACUGACAGCUGCCUCACACCUGGAGAGGAAGGCCUGUCUACGUGUGGAAUCUGUCUCUGCUCUAUCUCAGUGUUUGAGGAUCCAGUGGACAUGUCCUGUGGACACGAGUUCUGCAGAGCAUGCUGGGAAGGGUUCCUCAAUGUAAAGAUUCAGGAGGGUGAUGCACACAACAUCUUCUGCCCGGCCUACGAGUGCUACCAGUUGGUGCCGGUGCAUGUGAUCGAAAGUGUGGUUUCCAGAGAGAUGGACCAGCGAUAUCUACAGUUUGACAUCAAGGCAUUUGUGGAGAACAAUCCCGCCAUCCGCUGGUGUCCCGCAGCACGCUGUGAGCGGGCGGUGCGGCUCACCCGUCCAGGCCCCGGGGACAGUGACCCACAGAGUUUCCCCCUGCUGCCCUCCCCAGCCGUCGAUUGUGGCAAGGGUCACCUUUUCUGCUGGGAGUGCCUUGGCGAGGCCCAUGAGCCAUGUGACUGUCAGAUGUGGAGAAACUGGCUCCAGAAGGUCACAGAGAUGAAACCUGAGGAGUUGGCAGGUGUGAGUGAGGCCUAUGAGGAUGCUGCUAACUGCCUGUGGCUGUUAACUAACUCCAAACCGUGUGCCAACUGCAAGUCGCCCAUUCAGAAGAAUGAGGGAUGCAACCAUAUGCAGUGUGCCAAGUGUAAGUAUGACUUUUGUUGGAUCUGUCUGGAGGAGUGGAAGAAGCACAGCUCAUCAACAGGAGGCUACUAUCGCUGUACUCGCUAUGAGGUCAUUCAACAGCUAGAAGAGCAGUCCAAGGAGAUGACUGUAGAGGCAGAAAAGAAGCACAAAAGUUUUCAAGAGCUGGACCGUUUCAUGCACUACUAUACCCGCUUCAAGAACCAUGAGCACAGUUAUAAGUUGGAGCAGAAACUGCUGAAAACAGCUAAAGAGAAGAUGGAGCAGCUAAGCAGAGCCUUCAUUUGCCGCGAAGGCACGCCUCCAAACACGCGGUUCAUUGAGGACGGGGUGUGCGAGCUGCUGAAGACGCGGCGCGUCCUGAAGUGCUCUUACCCGUACGGCUUCUUCCUGCAGCAAGGCAGCACCCAGAAAGAGAUAUUUGAGCUCAUGCAGACGGACCUGGAGAUGGUUGUGGAGGAUCUGGCGCAGAAGGUCAACCGGCCGUACCUGAGGACGCCCUGCCACAAGAUAAUCAGUGCAGCCCGUCUGGUGCAGCAGAAGAGGCAAGAAUUCCUGGCGUCGGUGGCCCGAGGCGUCGCUCCCAAUGAUUCGCCUGAGCCUCCCCGCAGGAAUUACCCUGGAGGAUCAUGGGACUGGGAGUACCUUGGCUUUGCCUCCCCUGAGAUGGGGAGUCGUCACUCUGUACUGGGAGCAGGAGAUCAAAGAGAGAGACUUUCACAGGAUUAUGCUGACAUCCAGUACCGCCGUAGACACAGGCCACGACGCAGAGGAGACAUGCUGAGUCUGCACAACCUCAGAAGCAGCAGCAACACGCCAGAGACCAGCAGGAGGAGUGACAACACAGAAGGUCCAGAGAGAAGUGAGGGCCGCAGAAGAGCGCUGGGCUCGCUGGAUGAAGAUGACCCAAAUAUCCUGCUGGCCAUCCAGCUGUCCCUGCAGGAGUCCCGCAGAGAGCGAGGCCUGGAGGGAGGCAUGGAGGGGAGAGGGGAGAUGGAGCGUGGACUGGACAGAGGACAGGAGAGGAGGCUGGGUCCCACGGGAGACCUGGGUGAUGUGGCUUUGCACUCUCUCAACACGGACGGACCUCCGGGAGCCAGGGGCUCCUCCUUCCCCACCUCUCUCCUGGAUCCUCCUCGCCCUCCUAACAGGACAGACUCCACCUCCCAGCCUCCCCUGUCUAACUCCCUCCCCCUGCCACCCCCACCUCCCUCCCUCAGUGCAGAGCUGCUGGAGCUGGGAGACAGCCUUAUGAAACUGGGGAACAUAACCACUCCUUAUGACCUGGACACACACACGCAGGAGCAGCUCUGCUCACACCACACAUACAGCCACAGUACACUCACUGCUCCGUACACCAGUGAACCUGCUUACAGCGACUGCAGUCAUAGACAAGACCAGAAUGCACUGGGCACUCCGUAUGUGCUCAACCAUAUCACCAUCACAGAUCCUCGCUAUGACGGCAAAGAACAGAGUUACUGCCACUCCAGUGGUUAUUUGGCUGAGGCUGAGCACACUGCCUCCUGCGCACUUGAACGCACCCAAAACCCCGUCCAUUCUAGUUCAUAUGACCGGGAACACACAGCCACGUUUGACAGCACCCCAAUAUCGGACAGCUCUUACAACCCCUGCCCAGAACGCAGAAGCUCCUACACUCAGGAGCGUCCUGCCGCCUACGAUCGCGAACACCCAUCGGACCCCCAGCCCCCUGCCCAGCUGUGCCUCCCGUCUCCAGAGCUUGAGCCGGAGCUGCUGCUUUCACCGGUGAUCCCACCAGGAGGCCCUUUCACCCCCAGCGACCCUCAGAGUCUGGAGCCCCUGGACCCCACAGCCAGUGCCCAGCUGCUGGACAACAUCAUGGCCUGGUUUAACAACAACAUCAACCCCCAGAACAACCCCCAGAGCCUGGCCCUCAUCCCUUCCCCGCCCACCACAGAAACUGACUCCUCCCCUGACACACACACUGAGACUGAGUCAGAGAGCCAGACCUCCAGGGACGUGACCCCCAUCCCGAUCUGGCAGCCCCUGGCGGGCGAGCCAGAAGCUGACAGGGGGCCGGCAAGUCCCCGUCUAGGUGCUGCGGGUAUGAAGGGCCUGAAGACAUCGCGGCCCAGCACUCUAGACCUGGAAAAUAGAGAUGCUGGCGAGGAGGGUGUGGACGCAGGGUGUGUGGCUGACCUGUCGCUGGACGAAGCGCACACACACCCGUGCUCACACUCCCAAUGCGGAAACAGUCCCGCACACACUGCCCAGGCCACAGAGAGAGACUUAGACCUCGUCCUUCAGUUAGAAGGGGACCAAUCACCAGAGGAGGAGUGGGAGGAACAAGUACACCUGGUGUGACAGCGACAGAGCGAUGUGGAAAGAGACGGUUUAGUCAAGAACAGGGAGAGAGAGUGAUGAAAGAGGAACAGAAAACAAUAGGGGGAGGCACUGAUGUAACGGCUCAAUGAAAGGUCUUUGGGAGUUGAGUGUUUACUGUAUGUAUUAUACUGUAUCUAGAGAGGACAUACAGCCCUGCGGACUUUGUCCAGUAAAGAUGAUGUCAUAUGCAUUUAGAUUUAGUUUUUUUUAAGUGCUUUUGUCUGCUUUAAGAAAAACAGACAAACUAUUCUUUGAAACAAAUGAGUGUUUAAAACAGAGUACAUCAAUGGGAAGCUACUGAUAUCAUAACACAUAAACACAUAAAAUGCUGCACAUGUUUUUUUAUUUUAUUUUAUUUAUUCCCUGCCUCCUGUGUUUUGUCUUAUCACUUUGUCCAGGGUGGCGUUUUGGUGCUGAUCAUGCUGAAAUCUUGCCUUGUGUUCCCACACUUUAUAAACACGCUGACCCAACCACGAGCCUGUUCAGAGCUCCUAGAGCCAAAUAAGAUGAUGAUGACUGUAACCUUGGAGCUUGUUUAGCGUACUGUACAAUCAGAGGGCCUGAUUCUGAUUUAUGGACCUUCAUGCACACUGUGCCUGCUUUGUUAGAGCGCCUACUGAUCUUUCCGAUACACCUGUCUGCUCAGUAAACGUCACGCUAGUACAACACGCUUAUCUGGACUUUAUGAUAUAUUUAUCUUUUGUAAUACUCCAGUGAUCACAGAAGAGAAGUGGUCUUGUCCCACUGCACAGGGAGAUCAGAGGUCAGUCUCAGCACCUCAGCAUCAUGUGUGCUUGUUGUCGGAGGGAAUUGAACCUGCUCACCGCACCAUCCUGCUACCCAUUCCAAAUAAUUCUCAGUCUUUAUCAGAGAUGAGCUCUCAUCCAUAUUGCUGUAUUUUGAAAUUGCUUUGGCUCAGUUUUCACAAUAUGCAAAACUCUUCACACAAAAUUCUGUACGGAAAAUUUUGGGGUCAUAUUGAUAUGGAAAACAUCUUUCAUCUCUAAUUAGGCAUCAGAUAGUCACAGUAUUGUGUUCAGUGAAUUUUAUUAUAUUUUAAUAUAUAAACAUUCUUAUUAAAUAAUGCGGCCAAGUAUUCUGUGGUCAUUUCCUCAAGAUUAUACAAAUAGCAACGACAAAAAAAAAGUGCAGAAGUCAGUGAAAUAAUGUAGAGUAAGAAUUACAUAUUUAAUUAAAAUUAUAUCAAUAAUAUUACUAUUCUUGAUGUAUAAAAUUAAAAAUAAAAAGGUUACAAAGUGAUUCACACAAGGCAGCGAAUUUAAAAUCAACAAAUUAUAUAAUAAGAUUUUAUAAUACAAAAGAUAAAACUAGAUGUAGUUAAUGUAAGCUAGAAGAAAUAAAAAGAUAUUUAUGUGUUACUGUAAAUACAGAUAAAGAAAUCUGGACUCUAACUUUGCACUACAGUAAAUCAUUCACACAAGUCAAAAUGAUGCAUCAGUUUACUUUUUUAGUAAAAGCUUUGAUAUGUCAAUCAAUGGGAGUUUUAUAAUCAGUACACUGCUGAAAUGCUGUAAAGCAUAUGACAUUAAACCACUAUAAUUUACACUGCUGCACUCAAUACACUGCAACAUUGAGAUUUGACUUGUUUUUCUCCUUUCCAGAGCAAUUUUGUUGCAACGCUGCUCCUCAGUGAUAAAAUGUAAUGACAUGUAAUGUUAAAAUCAUGAGAAAUGCAUAUUCAUUCUUUGAUCUGUACGCUUAGUAAUUAAAAUUGAAACUUGUCUGUAUUCUGAGCGCUGACUUUACAGUUUGUCUCUUUGCACAUUGCAACUGUUGUGAAAACUGAUCCAAAACAACCAGACAAUGUAAAUGGGAACACUAAAAUUUAGUUUGUUUUUAUCACAUCUAUUCCACUACUGAUGGCCGGUACCGUGUGCUGUUGGUAGAUUGGAGAUGGGUUGGGUUUUUAUUGUAAUUUAUCCUUUUUGUUUAAUUAAUUUGUUUUUUUAUUCCUCAUUAUAGAGAUGAAAUUUCUUCCAGUUGAGACCAGAGUUGUUGGUUCUGUGUGCCUUUUUGUUUGGAUCGUAUUUGUUAGUAUUUAUUUGUGUCAUUACUUUUAAAACAUGCUAAACAAAGUUGCUAAUGAAAGAUAAUGGGGAACACACCACCAGAGAAUCAGUAGCCAAGUUUCUGUCAUUUCACUUGAUCAAAAACUGGGUUUAUUUGUUGUCAUUCAGCCUUUAUCUUUAAACUUUUAUUGCCCAGCUGUAAUGUUUACAAGCAAAUUAGACACUGCCUGUUGUGUUAAUGACACAAUUUGGUGCUUUGGGGGGACUAAAAUUAUGAUAACGAGAGUUUUUAAUCAGACUUUCAUGGCAGGCCAAACAAAUGUAAAGAUAUCCUGUUUAAGAGCAAAUUCUGAUUUUGUUGAAAUGUCUCCCUCUACUUCAAAAAAGUAGGCAGUUAGACAGAACGUGAUAUGCAAUCAGAAUUUGAGUUUCAAGCUGGUUUAAAGUGUGAGGUCUGGAGUGGUCCACUGAAGUGAUCUUGGCUGUAGAGGAAGUGACAAAAAAAACUAAAAUAACACCUUUUCCUCUCCUUGUUGAACUCUGAAGGUGCAGUUUGGUAGGUGUUGAUGAAGACAUUUCACAAAGCCUACUAAGAUGUGAGGGCAGCUGAUGAUGCCCAUAAAAUUUCAGACGUUGUUUCCUGAAGAAUGACCGUUUGUUUUAGGUUGCAUGAUUGCAACAGGACACACAAUGGAAGCACUGAAUCCGGCGUCUUUUAAUUUGCACAAACAUGCUGUUAAUGUGUUAAACUAAUCCAGUGCUGUCGGACAAGAUGUGGAGGACUGAUGAGUGCAGCUUUUAUUAUUAUUAUUUUGUUUGUUUUUUUAUUUAGAAUUGGGUUUCUGGUGUCAGGGGAAUGGUCCUGUGCCAUUCUGUACUCCGUAUAUAUAAAGUUUAUAUUUUAACGAUCCCUCAACCAACCGCUGCAGACUAAAAAAUAAAAAAAUAGAAUUGCACUCUCAUAAAUGAUACUUGAUACAUUCCCUGUCAGUCCAUAAGAGAGGUUUGAUGUGUGGCCAAAACUGUAAAUGAAAGUGUCAGUGCAAAGUUUACUCAAUAAAAAGAGGUGAAAGUGUGUCGCUGUGCUUCA